AUGGCUCACAUGAACUUAGUCUUGGUGGGUAAGUUUGCUGGACCACAUCCCAAUAUUGAGGCUGUUAGAGCCUGGGUGUCUAGAAAAUGGAAGGGUAAGGGUCAAAUUGAUCUUGUUUCUAUGGCUGGUGGUUUUUUCUCUUUUUCAUUUUCUUGUGAGGAAUAUCUUCAAUCUUUUUUGGUAGGUGGUCCUUGGAUGCUGGGAAAAGCCUCAUUGGCCCUCAAAAAGUGGGAACCAAGAUUUAAUCCCAAAGAUUGGGAAUAUAAUGAAGCCCCAAUCUGGGUCAUAUUGCCAGGUUUACCCAUGGAGUUAUGGGGAGAAGAGAUUUUUGCGGGAAUUGUGACUUGUUUUGGUGAGAUAACUUCAAUUGACCCAAUGACUGCAGCUAAAAGACGCCUUGUUUAUGCCAGAAUGUGUGUCAAUAACAAACAGUCUACAAACAUGCCAGGAGAGAUUGAUCUUUUCUCUAAGUUGGGCAGAUGGGUACAGAAAGUGGAGUAUGAAUCCAUCCCUUUUGCAUGUUUCCACUGUCAAAAAGUGGGUCAUUGGGCUAGGCAGUGA